AUGGCCAACAAGGGCCGCAAAGUGGUCAAACCAUAUCACUGCGGAACCUCUGCUGCUAUAAGGCGCGCGUUGUCCCACCACUCUGUCUCCGAGGAUGCAUUGCUAGAGCUCUGGCGAGAAAGCUCCCCUUACUGCGUUGAGGCUAUCAAAGCAGAUCAGCCCAGCUACUUUAGCUUCAUCGAUCAAUGCAUAUUCUUUGCCGCGAUUACCCCUUUACCAUCACAAACCGCACUAGAUACAGCUGAGGAAAAGGAUCGCUCUGAAGACAUAGCAUCCAUACAUGCGAAUCUGGCCCGGCUCGCAGCGAUUACCUUCCCCACUUUACCAUCACAAACCGCACUAGAUACGGCUGAGGAAAAGGAUCGCUCUGAAGACACAGCAUCCAUACAAGCGAAUCUGGCCCGACUCGCACUAGAUGAAGGACGAACACCUACUGAAAACGACAAUCACGUCGACGCAGACCCCGGCCCACACAUCAGCUCCCUCAUAAAUCACACCUCGCCCUACUCUGUUUCUAGAGACGAUCUAUGGUCGGAACCUCCACCUAGUGGGGAAGGUUGGUGGAUCGAGUCCCAAAAUCUCGCCGGCGCAAGCUCGUGCACUUUCGAAGACCAGACCACCCGCUACCCCCGCGAUAUCUUCGACCACCGCCGAGAGCCCAUGCCCAGAGGUGCCGGCUCGCCUACUCUCGGUUUCGUCUUCUCUGUGCCAACGGACAUGCCCGGUGAGGUCAGCAUCGGCAUCGCGCUGCGCAAGCCAUGGCGCAGGCGUGGCUUCGCAACGCGCGCACUCACACUCUUCCUUCCAAUCAUCUUCGAAGAACUUGGCUAUCACCGCGCGCAAGCGCUACUCCUCGAUGCGCCUGAGCUCUCGGCUGCGCGCACACUCUUUAUCUCCCUUGGAUUCACCAUCGAAGGUACGCACCGCCGGGCGCUGAUGACGCCCGCGCUGCCGGGCUGGCGCAAUGUCACGUACUUGGGCAUGCUCGACACGGAGUGGGUGAUGCGUCCGCGCGGAGGGGCACAGGAUAAGAUGGCGGCCCUGUGGGAUGAGAUGUUUGCGCGGCAACAGCACGAGCGGGAGCAGUUGCUGCAGUUGGAGGCGCGCCGGCAGGCGCCCCGCAAGACGGCGAGUAUGGAGACAAUCAGGGACAAGGACGCCGCGAUAUCGUCUGAGGCUGAUGCUGUCGCGGCACUCUUCUCGGGAAUCUUGGGCGAUGGACGAUCGGAGGUGGCGUCCUGCUGCUCAUCUGCGGACCCAUUCGCAAGCCCACCUUCCUCGCCCAAGUCGACAUACUCUUGGAGCAACGCUGAGUCGGGCUCAGAGCUGUCUGCUCCUAACUCCCCGCUACUCAAAGGCAAGGGGAAGGCACGAGAGAGCAUGCCAUCUGACCUCGCUGGCGUCUCCGGAGAGGAAUACGCCUCUGAUUCCGGCUCAGGCUGGGAUAUGAUCUGA